UACGUCAUCGACUGUACACAGACAAGAUGGCAGCUUCACUAGAAGACGAAUUCGAAGAUGCGCCUGAUGUGGAGCCAUUAGAGCCGACUCUGAAGAAUAUCAUCGAGCAGAAAUCUUUGAAAUGGAUUUUUGUGGGUGGGAAGGGUGGCGUCGGUAAAACGACGUGUAGCUGUAGUCUGGCUGUUCAGCUAGCUGCUGUCCGGGAGAGUGUCCUCAUCAUCUCUACUGAUCCUGCCCAUAACAUCUCUGAUGCUUUUGACCAAAAGUUCUCAAAGGUGCCUACUAAGGUCAAAGGCUAUGACAACCUCUUUGCGAUGGAGAUUGACCCGAGCCUGGGCGUCGCAGAGCUUCCUGAUGAGUUCUUUGAGGAAGACAACAUGCUCAGCAUGGGCAAAAAGAUGAUGCAGGAGGCCAUGAGUGCUUUCCCUGGUAUCGAUGAGGCCAUGAGCUAUGCAGAGGUCAUGAGGUUAGUGAAAGGAAUGAACUUCUCCGUGGUGGUCUUUGACACAGCCCCUACCGGCCACACACUGCGACUGCUCAACUUCCCCACCAUCGUGGAGAGAGGUCUGGGUCGCCUCAUGCAGAUCAAGAACCAGAUCAGCCCCUUCAUCUCUCAGAUGUGUAACAUGCUCGGUCUGGGUGACAUGAACGCAGACCAACUGGCCUCCAAGCUCGAGGAAACCCUGCCAGUGAUACGCUCAGUCAGCGAGCAGUUCAAAGAUCCUGAACAGACCACCUUCAUCUGCGUGUGCAUCGCUGAGUUCCUGUCACUCUACGAAACGGAGCGGUUGAUCCAGGAACUGGCCAAGUGCCGCAUCGACACACACAACAUCAUUGUCAACCAGCUGGUUUUCCCUGAUGCGGAGAGGCCGUGUAAAAUGUGUGAAGCCCGCCAUAAAAUCCAGUCCAAAUAUUUAGAUCAGAUGGAGGACCUUUAUGAAGAUUUCCACAUAGUCAAACUACCGCUGCUGCCCCACGAAGUUCGAGGUGCCGACAAGGUCAACACGUUCUCUAAGCAACUUCUGGAACCGUACAAACCCCCAAACAAGUGAUCUCCCUCCCUGCAGGACCUCCUCCUCCUCUUCUCCCCUCUCCGUAUUGACAACACCUGCAACCUGAACUCACCUGUUCUGAGAUCCCUCCUCCACAAAACUAGCCUCAAACCCCACAGCAGUAGCCUCAAGACAAUACACUUGGCCCUCAACCCGGCAUCUAAAGCAGAGCACUGAUCCAGCAAGACACGCACAGAAGGGGAGCUGAGGACAAUGCAAACACACGUGUACAAAAUGCUGAGCGGGUGAUGAGGGAGUACGUAUGUGUGCUGCCUUGUUUUCACUUCACCUUCUCCAUAUCCUCUGUGGCAGUUGUACUAUUCCUACUUAAAGCAUUUAAUGUUUUCUCAACAACAACAAAAAAAAAACAACUCCUUUUCCUCUACCCCCACAGUGUCCAGCCUAGUUUUAAAAACAAAAUGUAUUCCAGGAUAAAAAAAAAAAAGAAGAUGGUUGAUGUUUUCUCCUUGUUUAUUCUCUGUGAAUUUGAUGUCUGUUCCCCAGUUGGACUUUAAACAAAUGUCGCAUCAUCUCUCAGCGCACAUCUGAAAUUUCCAUCCAUUUCUUUUCCCGAUUCUUGGUGGGACAGCAGGGCAGUGGAAAAACGACACUUUAAAAUAAAAAGUCAAAUGGUGUCUGGUCUUAAGUAGUUUUUGUUCCUGACCAAGACCAUCAUUGUUAUUGCUAUCUAUUAAACUCAAGCAGUCUCAAGUGUCGGCUUGUUUACAGUGUAAAUGCAGUCAGCUAAAGGAGAGGGUGUCAUGGAGGUUUUGACACAACUCAGACGGGGACUUUAAUAUCCACAUGUGGUUCAUAAAAUUCAUCCAACACUGUUUUCUGUCAAACAUUCUGAGUCUGUUAUGUUUACGUAAGAUUUAGAAACACUAUUGAACGACAUUAGUAGCCUUAUGACUUGUUAAUUAUAACAUUAAAAUGAAUGUUGCUUGCUUAUGUGUUUUACAAAUGAGUUGUGAGUAGCCUCAUCCCAGUGAGUGAUUACUGGUGUGGCUUUGCAACGGGAAUAUCGAGGAGAAGCAGAAGCAUCGUCUCCCUUAUGUGUCGCUGAAUGCCUCCGGUUCAGUUCAGUUAGAAUCUGUUUUCUAUAGACUUUCUUUAAAUUAUACUGCGAGUGUUAAUUAAAACAAACUUGCCUCA